AUGAGGUCUGAUAAGAAGUUAUGGGAAAAAAGAUGCAAAUUUGUCGGAUCCGGUUGUAAUUGGAGGUUGCGUACGGCAUUGAUCUUAAACUCGAAGCGUUGGAGUGUAAGAAAACACAAUCUCAUUCACAGUUGCAAACCCGUUUCAGAAUCAAACAAAAGUAUGAGAGGUACAAAAAAAUUGGUUAGAGAUUAUUUGAAGGAUGAAUUCCCCGGUAAACUUGAUAGCACUCCUUCUGCACAUGAAAUAAUAGACCGUGUAAAAGCAAAGUAUGGCACAACCGUAACAUAUUUGACGGCGUUACGAGGGAAGCACAAAGCUGAAAGUGAGAUUCGAGGUGAUCCUGCAGAGCAUUUUAGGAAGCUUCCUGGAUGGUUGUACAUGUUGCAGAAGAGAAAUCCUGGGACAAUUGUAAAUCUUGAGUUAGACAUGGAUGGCAGAAGCUUCAAAUACCUCUUCAUUGCAUUGGGUGCAACGGUUAAAGGAUGGAAUUACAUGCGUAAAGUGGUAGUUAUUGAUGUAACCUUUCUUACAGGCCAGUACAAGGGUACAUUAGUUGUUGCAACCGCACAAGACGGUGACCACCACCAAUAUCCAUUGGCAUGGGGUAUUAUCGAUAGAGAAAAAGAUGCAUCAUGGAGGUGGUUUAUGGAAAGAUUAAUAAAUGCAAUCCCAGAUGGGCCUGGUGUCGUUGUGAUAUCUGAUCGACAUACAAGCAUAAUAAAGACCGUUAGAGAAGUGUACAAAGAAGCUAGCUAUGGAUUUUGUGCGAGACACAUGGCGCAAAAUCUGAAAGUUAAGGUUAACAAAAGCAUGGAAAGAAGGAGUUCAAGAGUGAAACUGUCGCAGAAAGGUUUUUCAAAUGCGCGGAAGCGUAUACGUUGCACGAAUAUGAAGAGCGAUUUAUUGAUAUGA